UAAUCUCUUCCCGGCUUCUAUAUAAACGAUCACGAGCUGCUUCCAAUUCAAAACUCGAAAGCCAUGGCCAUCACCAUGCUUCUCCACCGAGCUCCGUUGCUGCUUUCCAUCCCCAGCUCUCACAAUCUCAUUUCCUCCACCUCCUCCUCCUCCUCCUUCCAAACCCUAACCCUAACCCUAACUUUGCCCUCUAGAUCCUCCCGCUCCUUCUCCCUCUCUGCGUCCACGAUCCCCUCCUCCUGCUCUCCCUCUCCGCUCUUUGACAUCUCGCCAUUCCUUCGAUCCGAGUACCGCCCCAUCCUCUCUGGAUGGCUCUGCUCCGCCAUCUCCGUUUGCUGCCUUUCCACUGCUGUCCCUUGUCUCGGCCGAGUCCCCUCCGCCCUCGCUGCUGCGAGUCCCGAUCGCAUCGUCCGCGACGGACUCCGCCUCGCUUUUCUCCUCUCUCUUCGUUCGGUUGCGUGUUAUCUCCAGCAAGCUUUCCUUUGGGAGGCUGCUCUCGGAGCCGCUUAUCGUAUCAGGGUUCAUGUGUUUGAUCGCGUGCUUGAACAGGAUAUGGGGUUUUUCGAAGGUAAUGGUGGUAUUCCAUCUGGGGAUGUUGCGAAUCGUAUCACCACUGAGGCAUCGGACAUUGCGGAAACUGUGCAUGCUCUCUUGAAUAGUACAGUGCCAAAUACUUUGCAGUUGAUUGCAAUGGCUUCUCAGAUGAUAAAUAUCAGUCCAGUUCUUUCUCUUGCUUCAGGAAUGGCAUUUCCGUGCAUGUUGCUCAUCAUGACAUAUCUUGGUGAUUGGCUCCGUAGAGUAUCAAACAAAGCACAAUUAACUGGCGCUAUGCUUGCUGCCUACCUAAAUGAGGUACUUCCAUCAAUGCUUUUUGUAAAGGCCAAUAAUGGUAGAUUGAUUGAAGGCUUUCGUUUUCAAAGGCUUGCACAUGAUGAUCUCAUGGGACGUUUGGGAAAGAAGAAGAUGAAAGCAUUAAUUCCUCAAAUCAUACAAGUAAUAUAUAUAACUGGGUUGCUUGUGUUGUGUAGUUCUACUCUGGCGUUGUCAAGAACCUCUUUUGAUAUGUCAAAGUUCUUUUCAUUUGUAACAUCAUUGGCUUUGCUUAUUGAGCCUAUACAGGGUGUUGGAAAAGCAUACAAUGAAUUGAAGCAAGGAGAGCCUGCCAUAGAACGAUUGUUUGAUCUAACUAGAUUCAGCACCAAGGUAAUUGAAAAACCAAAUGUUGUUGACUUAGAUCGUGUCUCAGGAGAUAUAAAAUUUUCUGGUGUCACAUUCAAAUAUGCAGAAAACAUGCCUCUUGUUCUAAAUGAAUUAGAUCUGCAUAUCAAAGCUGGGGAAACAGUUGCUUUUAUUGGACCCUCAGGAGGUGGGAAAACUAGUCUGGCAAAGUUGCUUCUUCGCCUCUAUGAUCCUACAUAUGGGACUAUACUCGUGGACAAUCAUGAUAUUCAGGACAUCCGUCUGCAAAGUCUUAGGGACCAAAUAGUUCUAAUUUCACAAGACACAAUGUUGUUUUCAGGUACUGUUGCCGAAAAUAUCGCUUAUAGACAUUUAACUGGAACAAUAGAUAUGGAUCAAGUUGAGAAAGCUGCUAGAGUUGCUAAUGCUGAUGAAUUCAUUAGAACCCUACCCCGAGGGUAUGAAACAAACAUUGGACAGAGGGGCUCUCUUUUAAGUGGAGGCCAAAAGCAGAGGUUAGCUAUUGCUAGAGCAUUAUAUCAGAAACCAUCAGUAUUGAUUCUGGAUGAAGCAACUUCAGCUUUGGACAGCAGAUCUGAAUUGUUGGUGAGACAAGCAUUGGAGCAUUUAAUGGCUAAUCACACCGUUCUUGUCAUCGCACACCGGCUUGAGACAAUUUUGAUGGCAGAUAGAGUUUUUCUUUUGAGUGGUGGUAAGUUGAAGGUGGUGCCCAAGUCAUCUCUUCUUCCUAAAGAUGGUAAACAAGCAUCUCCCGAACUUAGUAAGCUCAUCAUAUGACCUGCCAAGAGCUCGCUGAUUGUCCUGAGUUUGUUAUAAAUAAAUUUGUGGUAUAUUUAAAUAUAGUUUUGUUUAUUGUCAUCCCAUCACUCUCCAUGCAAAAUUCUGCUGCCAGAUAUCAAUUUAACUCAGAGAAUGUGAUUAUAAAUUGGGUUGUAUUACACUGAGAGGGUAAACAACUUAAAUGGUUUUUAUCUUUUCGUGUA